AUGAAAACUGCAGAAGCAGAACUAGUGUCAUCAUCUUUAUUUGCUUUCUUCCUUGCAUAUGAUUACGGUCAGAGUGAAGAAACAUAUAUUGGUGUUGGAAGACAAGCCAUAAUUAAGGAUGAAGGAAAAGAUUUUAUAAACAUUACCAAAAUCUUUUUUUACCCAGGAUUUGAUCCAAAAACAUUUGAAAAUGAUAUCAUGCUUUUGAAGCUUCAUGUUAUGGCAACGAAGCUUAAAAUAAACACCCUUCCAAUUCCUACCUCUACCCAUGAUAUCAAAGCAGGAACUUCCUGCAUAGUGAAAGGAUGGGGAACUACUAGUAAGAGGAGGAGAUUUAAGAAAUUCCGUGCAAUUAACGUCACCAUCAUUGACAGAAAUGUUUGCAAUGACAAGAAACAUUAUAAUUCUCAUCCUGUGGUGACAAAGAAGAUGGUGUGUGCUGGACAGAAGAACAGUGGGAAGGAUUUAUGUGUGGGUGAUGGCGGUGGGCCAUUGAUAUGCAACGAGCAUCAAAGAGGCAUUGUCUCCUUUGUUAAAAAAUGUGACCAUCCUGAAUAUCCUGGCAUCUAUACUCAGCUCACAGACACCUAUAUCUCCUGGAUAAAGACCAUCAUAGAUGAAAAUUCACCGUGA